GGCAUUUGGGAAGGAGGCGGAGACGGAACAUUCCAUCGAAUGCAAAAGUAACAGAUGCCAUCACAAUCACCCAGAAAUCUGACUAUUAUUUUAGCCUAUGUAACUCCCAAACCACCAGUCAGAAGAGAGAUUCUAUCUUACUCAGAGCUGGCCAGAAGCUGGCCAUGUACUCAAGCUCUGUAGCUGAGCAUUUUCCGAUUCUCAGGCACAGAAUGGGCAGGAAUAGCCAGCCCUGCCCACUGGCUCAUCACCCAGGCUCAGUUUUGGACAGGAAGGUGUUCUAGGUGUCUAGGCACUUUUGUCAGAACUUGAAGGAUGAAGUGUGGCCAGGUCCCGAUUGCGGUGGCUUCCCCUCUUCAGACGAUCAAGAGGGUCCCAGCAGCCCCUCCUCAGGAAGGUUUGUUGUCUUCAUCUGUGUUCUCUGGUGCCUUGAAAUGCCUACACACCGCUCAGCCGGCCAAUCCAUUCCAGGAGGAAAUGCUGUACUUGAAAUGCAGCUGAACACUGGGCCUGCAGAAAUCCUGCCAUUUGUGUGGACUUGUAUUUAAAGUUCUACUCCCACAGAAAGCUCCCUGGCAGGCCUUGGUGGCCCAGUAUGGCGCACUGAGGUGAAUCAUGCCCGGCUGGCCAGCACUCACCACUGACCACCCAGAGACGCAUCUCACCAGGAGGUGACCCCUCCUCCACCUGCUCCCCCACCCCACCCCUCGCAAGAAAGUGCCCGCGCUGCCACGGACACCAUGUAGUAGGGCCGGCCGCGGCGCCCAGUGAGCUGCGAUGGUUUUGUACACGGCCCCCUUUCCCAACAGCUGUCUGUCCGCCCUGCAUGCCGUGUCCUGGGCGCUCAUCUUCCCAUGCUACUGGCUGGCAGACCGGCUCGUGGCCUCCUUCAUCCCCACCACCUACGAGAAGCGCCAGCGGGCGGACGACCCGUGCUACCUCCAGCUGCUCUGCACUGUGCUCUUCACGCCCGUCUACCUGGCCCUCCUGGUUGCCUCGCUGCCCUUCGCCUUUGUCGGGUUCCUCCUCUGGUCCCCACUGCAGUCCGCCCGCCGACCCUACAUCUACUCCCGGCUAGAGGACAAGGGCCUGGCUGGUGGGGCGGCCCUGCUCAGUGAAUGGAAGGGUACAGGUCCCGGCAAAAGCUUCUGCUUUGCCACUGCCAACGUCUGCCUCCUCCCUGACUCGCUGGCCAGGCUCAACAAUGUUUUUAACACCCAAGCGCGGGCCAAAGAGAUUGGGCAGAGAAUCCGCAAUGGGGCCAGUCGGCCCCAGAUUAAAAUCUACAUUGAUUCGCCCACCAACACCUCCAUCAGUGCGGCCAGCUUCAGCAGCCUGGUGUCACCGCAGGGCAGCGAUGGUGUGGCCAAGGCUGUCCCCGGGAGCAUUAAGAGGACGGCCUCUGUGGAAUACAAGGGUGACGGCAGCGGGCGUCACCCCAGUGACGAGGCUGCCAAUGGCCCGGCCUCCGGGGAGCCGGCGGAGGGUAGCCUGGAGGACGCCUGCAUCGUGCGCAUCGGAGGCGAGGAGGGGGGCCGGCCCCCUGAAGCCGACGACAGCGCUGCUGGGGGCCAAGCCAGGAAUGGGGCUGGUGGGGCCCCCCAGGGCCAGACACCCAACCACAGUCAGCGGGACGGGGACUCGGGGAGCCUGGGCAGCCCAUCGGCCUCUAGGGAGUCCCUGGUGAAGGUGCGGGCCGCGGCAGACGGCGGCGGCAGUGGGGAGCCGGGCGCCACCAACAGCAAGUUCCCCUACAAGGCCUCUGGAGUGAAGAAGGCGGCUGCGCGCAAGAGGCGGCACCCGGACGAGGCCUUUGACCACGAGGUGUCCGCUUUCUUCCCCGCCAACCUGGACUUCCUGUGUCUGCAGGAGGUGUUUGACAAGCGGGCAGCCGCCAAGUUGAAAGACCAGCUGCACGGCUACUUCGAGUACAUUCUGUACGAUGUCGGGGUCUAUGGCUGCCAAGGCUGCUGCAGCUUCAAGUAUCUCAACAGCGGCCUCUUCUUUGCCAGCCGCUACCCUAUCAUGGACGUGGCCUAUCACUGUUACCCCAAUGGGCGGCGCUCCGAUGGCCUGGCCUCGAAAGGGGCGCUGUUUCUCAAGGUGCAGGUGGGAAGCACACCUCAGGACCAAAGAAUUGUCGGGUACAUUUCCUGCACACACCUGCAUGCCCUGCCAGAGGACAGUGCCAUCCGGUGUGAGCAGCUGGACCUGCUUCAGGACUGGCUGGCUGAUUUCCGAAAAUCUACCUCCUCGUCCAGCACAGCCAACCCCGAGGAGCUGGUGGUGUUUGAUGUCAUCUGUGGAGAUUUUAAUUUUGACAACUGCUCCUCAGAUGACAAGCUGGAGCAGCAGCACUCCCUGUUUACACACUACAAGGACCCCUGCCGCCUGGGGCCCGGAGAGGAGAAGUCCUGGGCCAUCGGUACCAUGCUGGACACAGACAACCUCUACGACGAGGAAGUGUGCACCCCUGACAAUCUGCAGAAGGUCUUGGAGAGCGAGGAAGGCCGCAGGGAGUACCUGGCCUUCCCCACCAGCAAGAGCCCUGGGGCAGGCCAGAAGGGACGCAAGGACCUGCUGAAGGGCAAUGGCAGACGCAUCGACUACAUGCUGUACGCGGAAGAGGGGCUGUGCCCGGACUGGAAGGCCGAGGUGGAAGAAUUCAGUUUUAUCACCCAGCUGUCCGGCCUGACUGACCACCUUCCAGUGGCCAUGCGGCUGAUGGUGUCUGCAGGGGAGGAGGAGGCAUAGACCAGCCACGUCAUUCCGAGCAGCAGGGCCUCUGCCAGCCCUUUGAGCCGCAGCACCUCUCUGGCCGUGUCCCCUUCAGCCAGCACCCCUGGUGCUGGGGGAGGAGGGCAGGGACCCGGGGGUAGCCUCAGUCUGUCCCAGGUGAGCUGGAACCAGCGCCGCCCUGCACCUCUGGGCACUGACUGUGGACAGAGUCAGGCCGGCCUUGGGAGCCGCAGCUGCCCAACAGUGCCAUUCUUUCAAAACAUGAUUUUCUACAAAUCUACAGCACAACCUAGUUUGUAACCCGGGGGUUAGUAUGAGAACCGGGUUUCUGUACUCUUUGUAUCUCUUCUCAAGCUUCGUCCAGGGUUCA